AUGGCCGAGCAAAGAAGACUCCGUCUCCCCAAGCAGGGGAUCUGCUUGGUUUUGUUGAUGGACCUGUGGCUGAGGGUGGAGCUGGCUCUGGCGACCGAGUGCUCCAAUGAUGAAUUCAAAGUGGUGACCAAGGAGGGUAUUACAAACUGUCUCAAGUGCAGCUCAGUGACACGCGGCCUUUCGGAUCCAUGCCCUGACAUCCUGAAACCGACCUGUAAGUGUAGUCCUGGGUACCAGUGUAGUAAUCUUCCAUGUACGACCUGCAGUCCACUCCCUCAGUGCGAGGCGGGGACGGAACUGAACAAAUCAGGCACCGAUCACUUCAAAUUCACCUGUGAACCCUGUAAAACUGGAACCUAUUCUGACACUCUGAACAGCUGUUGUAGGCCUUGGACUAACUGUGAGAGUUCUGGAUUACGAACAAUCAGGCCAGGAAAUCGUACCCAUAAUGUGGAAUGUGGCAUUUUUGGAGAUCUGACCCCAGUUCAGCAGCAAGAUUCCAAGUAUACCACCAUCCUGGCGAUAUUGACUGCAAUGGGCGUAUUCAUUCUCAUCCUGAUGACUUUCUUCCUGCACCUUUGCUUAUGGACACUGAAGAAAGAGAAACUGCACAUCGUUGAAGAGCCUGACCAUCCCAGCUCUCUGCUGCCGCCUGUGUGCCGCCUGGUCGAAGAUACUUACAGCUGCCAGUUCCCAGAGGAAGAACAUGGAGGCAAAACCGCUGAAGGAAAACUCUCUUAUUGCCCUUUUGUGGGGUCACACUGA